UUGGUGCUGCCGGGGCGGCAGAGUCAUAAGGGGCUUCCCGCCCGACGCUGCGGGAUGUGUCCAGCCGCCUCGCUGGGCUAGCGGGAGCGCUGCAGCUCCCCAGGCAGCCGGAGAGAAACUGCUAAAGCCCGUUGGCUUGGGAGCCCGCGGGGAUGACGCUGAACGAAGAGUCGGAGCCUCAGGGAGCUGGGGACGCUCCCGACCCUUCCGCUGCCCCCUUGCUGUGCCUGGGGCUGCGGGAGCAGCAGGACGCGCAGGCGGUGGCCGAGGAGCCGAGGCAGGACAAUGGAGCGUGCUGUCCAGGCGGCCAGUCAGCCCAGCUGCUGGCGGGUUCCCCUGAGGGGCAGCAGCCCCAGCAGGAGGCCGAGCCCCCGGAGGGCGGCUGGGGCUGGGUGGUGAUGUUAGCCGCCAUGUGGUGCAACGGUGCGGUGUUCGGCAUCCAGAACUCGUGUGGCGUCCUCUUCGUCUCCAUGCUGUCCGAGUUCGGCUCGCAGGAUGACAAGCAGCUGGUGUUCAAAACAGCCUGGGUUAGUUCCCUGUCCAUGGGAAUGAUUUUCUUCUGCUCGCCCAUAGUUAGUGUAUUUACAGACAUAUUUGGUUGUCGAAUAGUAGCCAUUGUUGGAGCUGCCGUGGGUUUUGUUGGACUUCUUUUAAGCUCUUUUGUAAGCUCCAUUGAACCUCUGUAUUUCACCUAUGGAGUCUUAUUUGCCUGUGGUUGUUCAUUUGCAUACCAGCCAUCCUUGGUCAUUCUGGGGCACUAUUUCAAGAAGCGCCUUGGACUAGUGAAUGGCAUCGUCACUGCUGGCAGCAGCUUGUUCACUGUGUCUCUGCCUUUCCUUUUGAGAGUGUUGAUUGAUUCAGUUGGCCUGUAUAACACGUUACGGGUUCUGUGCAUCCUUAUGUUUGUUCUUUUCCUGGCUGGCUUCACUUACAAACCACUCAUAUCAACCAUAAGAGACAAAGAGGGUGGAAAGAAGGGCAUAUUGAGAUUUCCUCCUGCAAAGAAGAUUUUCAGUUUCUCCAUUUUCAAGGUUAAGAGUUAUCGAAUUUGGGCUUUUGGAAUCCCAGCAGCACUUUUCGGAUACUUUGUGCCUUAUGUUCACUUGAUGCAACAUGUAAAAGAGAGGCUUGGUGAAGAUGUACAAGAAGAGGUGCUUCUGCUGUGUCUUGGCAUCACUUCAGGGAUUGGACGAUUGAUCUUUGGCAGAGCUGCAGACUAUAUUCCUGGUGCCAAAAAAGUUUAUUUACAGGUGGUUUCAUUCUUCUUGAUUGGCCUGAUGUCCAUGAUGAUUCCACUGUGUCAUGUCUUUGGAGGUCUCGUUGCUGUCUGCCUCUUCAUGGGUCUAUUUGAUGGCUGCUUCAUUUGUAUCAUGGCUCCUAUAGCAUUUGAGCUGGUUGGUGCACAGGAAGUCUCACAGGCCAUAGGAUUCCUGUUAGGACUCAUGUCUGUACCUAUGAUAGUUGGUCCACCCAUUGCAGGUAUACUACGUGACUACCUAGGUACCUAUGAUGUAGCAUUUUACCUGGCUGGAGUUCCUCCCAUUAUUGGAGGAAUUAUAUUGUGUUUCAUCCCAUGGGUUCAUGAACAGCAGCAGCCAAAAGAGAAAGCAAAAGCUGUCAAAGAAACAACUAAGAAAAUGCUGGAAAACGAAAGCACUUCAAUCUCAGGCCCAGCAGAAAAGCCCAGUAAAGAACCGGAGUCUGUCGUCUGAUGCUUUAUCUUUUCACUGGACUGAAUUCAUUUUUUAUAGGAGUUAGAUUCCAAUUCUGGAUUUCAAUUGAAAUUAGCAUAUUAUUUUUAAUGGAACUAUUGCUCAGACUGCAGUUUUGUUUGGCAAAGAGCUAAGAACCUUUUAUAUCACUGAGCAGCUCAUUUAGGAGUUCCCGAGUCUAGUUUCAAUCUAUAUUUUUAUGGCAUUUGACGUUUAUAGUAUCAAGAUAUACCUAGUGAUCCUGCACCGAAGGAAAUAUUUUGUUCUAAUCCAUCAGAGCAUAUUUCUGGAAGUGUGAAAGCUGUUGAGUUUAACUGACUCUUCAAGGGUGACUUCAAUAAUUUUACAAACUAUGCAGUGGAGCAAAUUUUUGUAGUGUUUUCCUGGAAUUUCUGGUACCUCUUAUGACUGAUUUUUGUUUUGAUUUCUUGUGCCAUUUUUAACACUUUCUAAAAUUCUAUAUUAUGAUCUUGAAUAGUCAUCUUUUUUAUCCUAAUUCUUGCUGAAAUUAUCUUGCAUUGAGAGCUAAAUUAUUUAACAGAUCCUCAGCUUUACUUUCUCUUAACAUUGUUGUAUUUGCUUAUGCCUAGUCUGAGCCACUUUUAUGCUGAUUUCUAAGUAGCCUAAACAUAAAACAUUUUAGGAUCAGUUUAUGAUAAUACAUAUAUUAAACACUCAAAGUGAAGGACAUGAACUCACACAAGCAAAUAGUCAAAAUUAAGACUGUUAAACCAUUACUACAUCAUCCUUUGUCCCCCCAGUGCUAUAGUGAAUCUGAUUCUUUUUCAAGUAAACUUUGGAAUAAUUGAUAAUGUUUAAACCAUACGAAGUGCAAUACUUGGGUAUAAUAAUAUACAAGUUAGACAAAGACCAAAUUCUGAAUUUCUGUAUUUUUCCUUCAAAGAUUUUACUCUUUAAAAAAUAACAAAAAGACAGCUUUAAGUGAUUAAGUGUUCAAUAAGAUGCAGCUGUUCAUGCCAGUAAAUGGAAACCUAUUAUACAUAAGAGCCAUUAAAGCAAUAUUAAACAAAUCAGGAAGAGAUUUUGCACUACGUGAAUAUUACAGGAUUAUGGUUCUUCAAAAUUUUGCAUGUGAUACAACUGCAUCUUUUCAGGAAAUAUAGAGAAACAUUUUGCAUGAACAAUUACUUACCUUUAUAUUUAUUACGUGUGUACUCUUAGGUAUUAUAGUUGGGGUAAUUUUUCCCAAUAUGCAUUACUUUACACUUAUCCACAUUAAAUUUUAUUUACCAUUAUGUUGCCCAAUCACUCAGUUUGGUGAGAUCUUUUUGAAGUUCUUCAC